AUGGAACCUGUUGGCCUGGCUUUAGGGGCCAUAGUCCUCAUCAAGCCCAUGUGCAAGACCAUACAUGACACUUGGCAGGGCUUUCGACUUUAUGGCCCCGAGUCCGAGAAGCUCAAUCUACGCUUCUCCGUGCAAGCAUCGCGCAUCGACUCUUUCGAGAAGAUCUUGUUUGAGCCUGCCAAGUUGAACCCAAUCGUGCCGGGCCGGGUCAUCGACAGCUUGCCAAACCAUGUUUGUCAGGGCCUCGCUGGCCUACUUUGCGAGCUCUACAGCCUGAUGCAGGAAUACGUGUCGCGCGACAGUCGAUACGCACAGAAUCAGAGGCCUCCCGACGACCUCGCUACCGUUCUGAAAGACAUCAGUGGCACGACGACCUCGCAGCAGGAUGUCGCGGUGCUCCUGGCCUUGAGCAGGAAGGGCGCUGCAGAUAAGCAAAAGGCAGCAGACUGGAUGAGCAAGAUAACCUGGGCGCUCCGAGACAAGAGGGCCAUGGAGAAACUUGUGGUCGAGUUUGAACACUACACGGAGCGUCUGGGUUCCCUGGUCGAACUUGCAUUCUGGCCCUUGCCGCUGGCCCGGUCUCUGUCUGCCAUCACGCCUUUGGAGAGCGACUCAGACGCAGCCAACACGGGCUUAUCUCGUGGCAUCAGCAUCAGGAAACUCGUCCUUGAGCCAUCGCUAUCCCAGCCGGGCAAGUGCCAGGCGCUGCUGGAGAUGCCCCGAACCAGCUUCCGGGAGUGUGGAGACAGCGGUGUCAUGCAAUUUGGCCAGCUCAAAGGGACACCGGACUCGUGGCACAUGGUUGAAUACAGAACGUAUGGAGACGGGUCUGCCGCGGACACGCAGGACAAGAUCAUCCAGCUCGCAGCUCUACUGCAUCGUGGGCCCGAUUCAGAUCCUCAGCUCAAACUUUGCCAGUGCGUCGGCUACUUUCACGAUUCUACCAAUGCUCGCCUAGGGCUAGUGAGCCGGCUUCCUCUCUCUACCGCCGCAACACCUGGCAGUAUUCCGUCCCUUGCAUCCUUACUUUCCAUCAAGUCUCUCCGUCCUCGACUUCAGAGUCGUGUUCGUCUGGCUCUCGCGCUCGUUCAGACAGUGCACCGCCUACAUCUGUAUGGGUGGCUUCACAAGUCGCUGCGGAGCGACAACAUCAUCUUUCCCCUGGGUCACGACUCCAGCGGCGGCUCAGCGGAUAGCUCUGCUGUCCUGGAAGACCCACGGGUUCGAGGUUUUGAGUACUCACGCCGAGAGUCCGACUUCUCCAGCGUUCAACGUCAGGACGACCAUAUCCAGAAUCUUUAUCGGCACCCAGCCCGGUGGGGCCUGCCGACCGAGAGAUUCAGCAGGAUACAUGAUCUCUACGGUAAGUUGAUUCGUAUUUUCUCCAUGACAACCCUAUCGCAAUCACGUCCGCCACGUCCAAGACUGAAGUCCCUCAUCUGUCCCAUCACUGACGUCUCCGAUUACCUAGCUCUGGGUGUCAUCCUCUUUGAGAUUGGAACAUGGGAACGAGUGCAAGAUAUAGACAGAAAUGCUCUGAUAGAACCCGAGGUGGCGAAUAAGCCCGAAUUUGUUCGUCAACGCCUGCUCAAGCAUGCAAAUAGGAGGUUGGAAUUCCACAUGGGCAAGAGGUAUGCUGAUUUCGUUGUCUUCUGUUUGUCAGCGGAAAAGAUAGACAGCUACGAGAAGGAGCAGAGAAUGAUGGAGAAAGUCUCUGGAGAAACUGAAUAUCUGUCAACGCUGUCAAAUGCCAUAUAA